AUGGCGGACUCUAGAGCUGGUGCAAGCAAUGUGUCGCAGCGUAGCAAUCGACUUGCGAGGCUCCUGCACGCUUUCCUUGCUGGACUCAAGCCUGUGCAAUCCUCGCGAGAUGUUCAGCAAUUUCUGCAAGCCAUUUGCGACAUUGAAGAUCAUGCAACAUGUGUCGAGAAGAUAGGGUGCAGCAAGUCGGGCCUGGAGAUUCUACGCAAAGGCCUCAGAUUCGACAUCUCCGCCAGAUUCAUCAAUGGUGCUCUCGCCGAGCUCCUCGCCUAUCUCGCUGUUCCUGAAGUCAAGCGUCUUGCCAAUGGCGAGUUCUUGAAGCGGAUCCUCUCUCACGUCGUCUCGCCGCCUGCACUUUGGGAUGCAAUGGUCAAGGCUCAGCAAGAACAGCAACUUACGCCAAAAGCCGAGCUCUACUUCGCUUGGCUCCUGCUGGAACUUCUCUCAUGGAGCGGCGAUCGCCCUAUUGAGGUCGACGGAACCGCUGCCGAAAUCACCAGCAAGAAGACUUUUCUCGAAUCUGACGACCGUGAGCUUCGCGGUAUUGGGUACCGCAUCGAACGUAUUCUUCAGACCAAGGCAUCUGGAUCAACAUCUCAUCCUUCUGGCCCAGGAGGUCGCCACGACAAUGACUUCGCCGACUAUCGAAGUAUCGCAGUCUACCCAACGGAAGACGAACUCACCAGCAAAGACCGGCCAUAUUACAACACAGCACAUGCGCUUACACAGACACCUCUUGCAAGCAGAGUUGGACAUCAUCUAGACAAUCAGUUUCGUCUUCUGAGAGAGGAUUUUCUUGCCGAGCUUCGAGAAGACAUUGAUGCGUCCAGUGGCAAGACUAAGUCAUCCUUCCGUCGGCAACGCACACGACUACAAGUACUUGAUCUUGCUGGCGUGCAUUGUGGAGGAGAAAGAAGUCGUCAACCAUGCGCCCUCAAAAUCGCUGUCAACAAGGGGUUGAGCCAAAUCACCAACGCUUUGAAUCGUAGACAGUUCCUUCGUGACAAUCCGAACGUUCUCCGACACCACUCAUUCGGCUAUCUGGUUGACCAGGGCAAGAUAAUCGCUUUUGGCAAGGUCGUCAGGGAUGAAGAUCUAUUGUGCCAAGAUCCCCCUGUUGCAGUUAUACGGACUCCCGGAAGUGGUGCGAUGCAGAAAGUUGUUCUUGCGCUGGCAAUGUCCAGAUCUGUGGAAUUUGUCCUCAUCGACACAGCAGUCUUUGCCUACGAACCCGUCUUGCGAUGUCUCCAGGCCCAAAUGGAGUUGCCCCUGGCCGAGCAACUCCUCGCUCCUGAACAACCUGACAUCGAAUUGGAUAACCAACUGGACAGCGAAAGCCUCGACGAAGUCAUACGUCAAGUUGAGUCUGCGCCUGCAAGGGAUCUGAAGGCACUGCUGGGCCUGUCGAAGACAGUAAAGCUGGAUGAGUCGCAGACCGCAUCUCUUCUUGCCGGCCUUCGUCAGUCAAUCAGCCUGAUUCAAGGCCCACCAGGAACCGGCAAGUCUUUCAUCGGUGCACUGCUGGCCAAAGCUCUCUACGACCACACGAGCGAGAGCAUUCUAGUGAUUUGUUUCACCAACCACGCGCUCGAUCAAUUCUUGGACGAUCUGUUAACCAUCGGCAUCCCCUCGAAUGACAUCGUCCGGCUGGGUUCAAAGUCAUCCGCAAAGACGCAGCACAUUACUCUCCGAUCACAAGCACCGGGCAAGCAUCGGUCUCAAGAGAAUUGGGACGCCAUUAAUCGCCUCAACGAGGAAGUUAAUCAGCAUGCGUCGGCGCUGCAAGAUAAAGCCGAAGCCUUCAUAGACAUCAGGCCUUCACAGUCACAAAUCCUUGAGUAUCUGGAAUUCUCUGAUGACGACUACGAGUUCUUCGAAGCUUUCGAACUCGCUGAGCAGCAGAAUGGCUACCAAAUGGUAGGUAAAGGCAACAAGGCAGUAGACAGGCUUUAUCUGAUUGAUCGCUGGAUGAAAUACCAAGACCCAGGCGUAUUCAAGAAGCGCCUGUCGCCGUGGCAUGUAGACAUUUGGGCGAUGGAUCAUGCUUCGCGAGCCAACAAGUUGAAGAAGUGGCAGCUCGACAUCUUGACAGAAGCGACCGACGGCAUCAUAGCCACAGCUGUAGCGUUUGAUUCUGCUCAGCACACUCUGCAUGAGGCGCUGGGGCAGAAGGAUGCCGAACUGAUUCAUUCGAAGCGCAUCGUUGCAUGCACAACCACCGCGGCAGCCAUGUAUACUGAGCAACUUCAGACUGCCUCGCCGGGAAUUGUCUUGGUCGAAGAAGCCGGAGAAAUUUUGGAGAGCCACGUCUUGACUGCCUUGACGCCCAGCACGAAGCAGCUAAUUCUCAUUGGCGACCAUCAACAGCUGCGGCCCAAGGUCAACAACUACAAGCUCACAGUCGAGAAGGGAGACGGAUUCGAUCUCAAUCGAUCUCUUUUCGAGAGACUGGUGCUCUCUGGUUUCCCACACACCACACUGAAGCAACAACACCGCAUGUGCCCGGAGAUCUCCAGUCUGGUGCGCCACCUCACCUACCCUGAACUGCAAGACGCACCUUCUACCACGGCUCGAGAUUCGCUACGAGGGCUUGAGAAGCGGGUAGUGUUCAUCAAGCACGAGAAGCAGGAGCUACUCAGCGAUAUCAGCGACCGUCGAGACCAAGGCUCACCCAAGAGCAAGCAGAACCCCUACGAAGCUGAGGUCGUCAAGAAAGUGGUCAAGUACAUGGCACAGCAAGGAUAUGGGACUUCUGAUCAGGUUGUAUUAACUCCAUACCUUGGUCAGCUGGGACUCCUUCGACGAGAGCUCGCUAGAGAUAAUGACCCUGUGUUGAAUGAUCUCGACUCGUUCGAGCUGAUCAAAGCUGGACUCGUGUCUCCAGCCACAGCAUCGCAGACUAAGCGACCUCUUCGCCUCUCGACCAUUGACAAUUACCAGGGCGAAGAGAGCGACAUUGUUGUGAUAUCGCUCACUCGAAGCAAUCCUGACGGAGACAUUGGUUUCAUGAUAUCUCCAGAACGACUGAACGUCCUCCUCUCAAGAGCUCGCAAAGCACUCAUCAUUAUCGGAAAUCCAGCAACCUUUAUGGCGAGUCGCAAAGGCGAAGAGCUCUGGAAAUCGUUCUUCGACCUGUUGGCGAAAUCAAACUCGAUCCUUCAUGGACUGCCGGUGCACUGCCAGCAACACCCAGACCGACAGAUGAUACUUGAAUCACCGGCCGACUUUGACAAAUUCUGUCCUGACGGAGGUUGUUCUGCUCCCUGCGGCACUUUGCUCAGCUGCGGCUUGCACGAGUGUCCGCGGAAAUGCCAUCGCCUUGCCGAUCACACAAAGAUGAAGUGUGACCAUAUCAUGCGAGAGACCUGUCCUCAAGGCCACGUGCUGACGAGAAAGUGCUCCGAGGGCCACCCAGCAUCCUGUCACAUCUGCGAUGCUGAAGCAGCUGCCAAGCAGGCGAAGCAGGAGAGGGACUUGGAGCUGGAACAAAAGCGGCCAGCAAGACAAGCAGCAUACGCGGCACAGCUUGCCGCCAUCGAUGAUCAAUUGACCCGCAUUCGAGAGGAUUCAAAGGCGAAGACGGAGGAAGAGCAGCAAGCACAGCUCCUUCAGCAGCGGCAGAAAGACCUUGAAACCGCCAAAGCACGCAAGGCUCAGAAGGAGGCUGCUGAUCACGGCGCUUCCGACAGCGAGGGUGGCCCAGGCUCUCCCGUGACCGCCAAUACCGCGGAUGAUGGCAAAACGGCCGGUUCAGAAUCGCAUAGAGAUUGGGAGUAUCAGAAGACCGUUGAAGGGGCUAUCAACCCAGCUCUCGAUGACCUCAUAAGGAUGAUUGGCCUGGAAGGAGUAAAACAACAGUUUCUGGAGAUCAAAUCCAAGGUCGAUCUUCUUAUCCGACAAGACCUCUCUGCCCAACUUGAGAGAGAGCGUUUUGGCGCGGCCUUGCUGGGCAACCCAGGUACCGGCAAGACAACUGUUGCUCGGCUGUACGCCAAGUUCCUAUGCUCGGUCGGCGCACUACCAGGAGAUGAUUUUGUCGAGUCAACUGGUUCGAAGUUGGCAAAUGAAGGUGUCCAGGGCUCCAAGAAGCUCCUCGAUGACCUCCUGGAGAAGGGCGGAGGCGUCUUUUUCAUUGAUGAGGCGUACCAACUUGCAUCGGGGUCCAGCAUCGGGGGAGCUGGGGUCCUAGACUUCUUACUUGCCGAAGUGGAGAAUCUCACAGGCAAGAUCGUCUUUGUUUUGGCGGGCUACAACAAGCAGAUGGAGAAGUUUUUUCAGCACAAUCCUGGGCUACCAAGCCGCUUUCCUCGCACGAUGCAAUUCGCUGACUACGAGGAUGACGAGCUACUCGCCAUUAUGCAAUACAACAUCAAGAAGCGCUACCAAGGCCGGAUGAAACUUGAAGAUGGCACUGAUGGGCUGUUUGCGCGAAUUGUUGCACGACGUAUUGGCCGAGGACGCGGCAAAGAGGGGUUUGGCAAUGCUCGAGAGGUCGAGAAUGUUGUCUCUAUCAUUGCCUCUCGACAAGCGAAGAGGCUUCGAAAGGAGCGGAGAGUGACCAAGAAAGACGACCCAAUGCCCGAUGACAUGCUCUUGACACAAGAAGACCUGAUUGGCCCUGAGCCAUCAAGUGCUCUCACGAACAACAAGGCUUGGGUAAAGCUGCAGAAGCUCAUCGGCUUGCAGUCUGUCAAGGACUCCGUCAAGGCGCUGAUUGACUCCCUGGUUUACAACUACAAGCAAGAGCUGGCUGAGAAGCCGCUUGUCGAAUUCAGCUUGAACAAGGUAUUCCUAGGCAAUGCUGGGACUGGGAAGACGACAGUUGCGAAGAUGUACGGUCAGAUCCUGGCCGAUAUGGGUAUGCUUUCCAGCGCUGAGGUGGUCAUCAAGAAGCCCGCGGACUUCAUCGGAGCAGUCAUCGGGGCUUCAGAAGCAAACACAAAGGGCAUUCUGGAUGCUGCAGUCGGGAAGGUCCUAGUUAUCGACGAAGCGUACGGACUUUAUGGUGGCGGCUCAAAUACAGACCCUUAUCGAAUUGCUGUCAUCGAUACCAUCGUUGCGGAGAUUCAAAGCGUGCCGGGAGAUGACCGAUGUGUGCUUCUGCUUGGCUACAAGCACCAAAUGGAGGAGAUGAUGCAGAACGCCAACCCGGGCCUCGCUCGACGCUUUCCCAUUGAUUCUGGCUUCCAGUUUGAGGAUUUCGACAACGACGACAUGGCAGCCAUGUUCGAUAUGAAGCUCAAAGGCUCGGCGUUUACAAUCACCCCACGAGGCAGAGUCGCUGCUCUGGAGAUGCUAGCCCGAGCCCGCAAUCGACCACACUUCGGCAAUGCAGGCGAAGUGGAUAUAUUGCUGAACGACGCCCAGCUUCGUCAACAGAAGCGCAUUUCUCGCGAGACGAACGCACCGAAAGGCAUCCUGGAAGCAGUUGAUAUCGAUCCUGAGUUUGACAGGGGCGAGCGGGCACUCACCAACAUCACAAUGCUUUUCAAGGAGACUAUCGGCUGCGAGACGAUCAUCAACCAGCUGCAAGAAUAUCAAAACAUCGUGGCGAACAUGAAGAAGCUUGACCAGGACCCUCGCGAGCAGAUACCUUUCUCGUUCUUGUUUCGCGGGCCUCCUGGAACAGGCAAGACGACAACGGCCAGUAAAAUGGGCAAGGUAUUCUACGACAUGGGCUUUCUCGCUUCAGCAGAAGUUAUGAGCUGCUCAGCUUCUGACCUUGUUGGUGAGUAUGUUGGACAGACUGGACCCAGGACCCGCAAACUUCUGGAAAAGGCUCUCGGCAAAGUCCUGUUCAUUGACGAAGCUUAUCGUCUGGCGGGCGGUCACUUUGCACAAGAAGCCAUGGAUGAGCUCGUGGAUUGCAUGACCAAGGAGCAAUUCUUCCAGAAGCUGAUCAUCAUCCUGGCUGGGUAUGAUGCUGACAUCAAUCGGCUUAUGUCCUCGAAUCCAGGCCUGACUUCUCGCUUCCCGGAGACUAUCGUGUUUGAGCCUCUCAAACCCGAGGACUGCCUUGUCUUGCUGACCAAGACGCUGGGCAAGAAGAAGGGUCUCGAUAUCACGGUCCUGUCCGCCCUGGGACCGACUCUGCGCUCUGAUAUCCUCCCGCGGUUUGCAACGUUAACUGGCUCUGCCAACUUCGCCAAUGCUCGCGACGUGCAGACUCUUUCCAAGUCGAUCUAUAGCAAGAUCGUCAAGCACCCAGAUGCAGCCAAUCAAGGCAUGAAGGUCACGUCGACCUUGGUAUUGGAGUCUAUCGAUAAGAUGAUCGCCGAGAGAUGCAAGCGACAAGCUGAUGCUACCAUGGCAGGCGCUCUCAGAGAUUCAUCGGCGGCUGAAAUGCCGAUGCAACAUCAACAUCAUACCCCAGCCCCAACGGUGCAGGUUUCUUCCAGCAUGGCCACCCGAGAAGACUUCCAACAAGAAGUCACUGAAGAGGAACCGCUUCCCUCCGACGCAAAUGGACACGGAGGACCCUCUGGUGGCCCAGAUGCCAAGCCUCUUGUCCAGCGUGACGCCGGUGUCAGCGAUGCCAUUUGGUAUCAGCUUCAACUCGAUCGCAAGAAGGCCGAGGACGCCGAGAAGGAGCACCAGCGGCUGCUCGAGGAGGAACACAAGCUCGCACAGUGGCUCAAGGACUGUGCAGACGCUCAGCGUCAGAAAGAGUUGGAGGAGCUCGCACGCAAGCGAAAGGAGAUUGAGAAGAAGAGACGUCAGGAGGCAAAGGAGAAACAAAUGCUAAUGCAGAUUGGACGAUGUCCUGUUGGCUAUGAGUGGAUCAAGCAGGCGAAUGGGUAUCGAUGUGCUGGUGGGAGUCACUGGAUCGGUGAUGGAGAUGUUGCGAAUAUGAUGGGUCAGGGUAUUUGA